CACUUAUACACACACACACACACUUUCUCCGCUGAGGCCAGCACAGAGCCAGAGAGGAGGGACUGCAUGCAGCUCUGAGAGCCAGCUGUCGUUCGCUCAGAGCUGGCGUCUCUUCUCUCCUCGACUCCCCCGUUCUCCGCUGGCCUCAUCACUCCAUGGGACUCCAGACCUGGCCGCCAAGCAAACCACCACUGUCCUCCAUGGCCUGCCUUGAUGUGGAGACCCCUUCCAUCUGCAGGGUCCUCCAGCUCUGUCUGCAGCAGAGGAGAACUCGGGAGCAGCUCGUGGAGCAAGGCAUCAUGCCGCCUCUGAAAACACCUGCUGCCUUUCACGAGCAGAUUCGCAGCCUGGAGAGAGCAAAGACUGGGAACUUCUUGAAGCACAAACUCUGCAGCAGGCCUGAGCGAUCUGAGCUGGUCCGCAUGCACAUCCUACAAGAGACGCAGGCCGAGCCCUCCCUGCAGGCCACACAGAUGAAGCUGAAGAGGGCCAGACUGGCCGAUGACCUCAACGAGAAGAUCGCCCAGCGGCCUGGACCCAUGGAGCUGGUAGAGAAGAACAUCCUGCCUGUGGAUUCUGCUGUCGAAGAGGUCAUCAAUGGUGAUAAGCCAAACUACUCCAAGACACCAGAUGUUUAUCAUUUUGAUGAGGACAGCAGUGAUGCCGUUUCACCGGAGCAGCCCUCCAGCCAGGAGACUCACAGCUCCACCUCGACCUCUCUGAGGGAGUCUGGAGGGACUGAGGCCUCUUCAUCCUCCUCUAAAUUAAACUCCACCAAACAGCACCCCCCACCUCCUAACUCACAGUCCUCCUCAGAUUUUGCCAACCUCGUCUCUACCAGUGAGCAACAAAGCAACCCACAGGCAUCUGCAUCUCAGCCAAUCACCACUGUUGCACCCAGUGUCACACCAGGGCCAGUUCUUGUGAAGCAAAGCCUGCCCAAGGUACCUGGCGAUAAAAGCCGCAGCAAAAAGAGCAAAGAGCCCAAACCGUGGGUGAAAAAGCUGAAGUACCACCAAUACGUUCCCCCAGACCAGAAGCAGGAGCUCAAUGAAGUGCCGAUGGACUCUGCUUAUGCCCGCCUCCUGCAGCAGCAGCAGCAGUUCCUGCAGCUCCAGAUUUUGAACCAGCAACAGCAGCAGUACAACUACAAGGCUGUCCUGUCCACCACAGUCAAACCAGCAACUGAGGUACAAACCAGCUGUUCCAGCGUUCUGAGUGGAAAUGCUGUGUCUGCCCCUGCGCAGCCCCGCCACACUAGACGCAACCGCAAGCCGGAUCAUUUACCAGCUAAUCUGGAUGAGAUGAAGGUUGCUGAGCUGAAAAUGGAACUAAAACGCAGAUCUCUUCCUGUUUCUGGGACUAAGACAGACCUGAUAGAGAGGCUAAAGUCUUAUCAGGAGACUGCUAAUGUCCAGACUGCUCCUGCUGUGGAAACAACAGUCGUCACAGGAGCCUCACAGUCUGAAAACACAAAGUCAUCCCCACCUGUGUCCCCUAUAGCCUCCAAGGUGUCCAGUCUGGGCAUAGAGGACAGUAGUAUGGCUGACAGUCCAGCAAAUCUGUCAGAUGCUCUGUCUCCCUGCACAAGCUCCCCUCAGAGAGCUCCACAGGAGGAGGUUCCCACAGAGACAAGGUCCUAUGAAAAGGACUCUGCCAAAGAUAAACACCUGCAUGAGAAGGACUCUGAAAAGGACAAACGUCUGCAUGAGAAGGAGCGGCAGAUUGAGGAGCUGAUGAGGAAGCUGGAGCAGGAGCAGAGACUGGUGGAGGAGCUGAAGAUGCAGCUGGAGGUGGAGAAGAGGAGUCAGCAAGGAGAUUCUCCACCUCAGCUCAGCCCUCUCGCUCCCGCCCAGGUCAAGGAGGAGAACAGGUCCCCCUUAAACUGCUCCGCGUCCUGCAGCUCUCCCGGUCUGCCAGUGUUGGUCAAACAGGAGGAGGCUGCAGAUCAGUGCCACUUAGCUCCUCCAAGUCAAUUCAUCAUCGGCCACCAGACCAUCAAGCAGCCCGAUACCCUGCAGUCUGUCCAGGCCGGAGCACAGAUCCUCCUCCCUGCAUCACUCCCUGCCUCAGCAGUCGCCAUCCAGCUCCCAGCCAACUGCAUCAAAUUACAUACUACUGUUAGCAGCGCAGCCCCAGGCCUCAUCCAGACCUCUGGACAGGUGCCACAAAAAAUAGAGGCCUCAGCAGCAUUACAACAGCAAUGCAGCACUCACACUCCGCCACUGACAAAGCAGACGUGGAGGAUGGAUACCACAGCACAAAGCUUACUCAACACAUUCCCAGCAAGUGGAUGUCCUGCAGCUAACCAGCCCAUCCCUAAAGGACCUUCAAAUAAGUCUUCCAGUGCGGGCCAAGCACCACUGAUAUUGCAACAGCCAACAUUCACAAACCAUGUGUCAAAGUGUAAAGACCCACCCCGCUAUGAGGAUGCAGUUAAACAGACACGCAGCAUGCUAACAGCUGCGCAGGGUCCCACUGCAGCUAGUCAGCAGAUGGAUGACCUAUUUGAUGUUUUGAUUGAGAGUGGUGAGAUAUCCCCCUUCAUCAGACAGGAUCCUCCCAGCCUGGACAAGCCUCUCCCUGUGACAGCCAGUGUAACCACCCUUCCCAUCAACAUGGUUUUAUCCCGCCCUCCACCCAUGGUCCAAGUGGCCCAGCUGCCUGCCACUCCCCUUAAACCCUCAACCAGCUUGGCGUUGCUGACCUCCAACGCACAGCUGGACACGCUCCUUGACUGCACGUUACAUGCUGACACUGAGCCGCAAACACUGAAGCUGAUGGAGGAGUUACACUCACCCAUAGUCAACAUGGAGGUGGACUUUAACGAAAACACACCACCCUCUGCUUUGACCUUGCACAACGCCAACAUGGACAAUAUGGACUGGCUGGACCUUACCUUGUCUGUUCCAGCAGAGGGCAUCAACCCCUUGGACAUGUCAACACCAGUGGGUGUCUUCUCUACAGACUUCCUGGACUCUCAUGAACUGUGUUGAUGGAAAUGAGGUAAUCUACGUAAUCAACGCAUAACUGGUGUGGUUUCAAUAUAAGGCAUAUUAAUCAAUAUAUUACUUGUAUCUAAUCAAUAUACUGAGCUUUAUUUGUAUUCAAGCAGUACGUUUACUCAUGUAAUUGUGCAUAGAGGCAUAGAAAAAGUCAUUUUCACUAGUGGAUGCCAGACCAUGUGUUUAGAGUGUAGAGUCAGAUACUUGUAAUGGUAAUUGAACUGCAGGGGAAGCUUCACAGAGGUGUAGGAGAAGCCUUUUGUUGUAUGCAGAUAGGACACACCCUUCCAAAGGCUGAGGUGACACACUAGCCAUUUUCAAAUAUUACAUCUGUCUUAGUGUCCUGUGUGUCAGUCAUAUCUUAUCCCACCAGGAGGAGAGCAGUAAGGAGGUUUAAAAGGGCAAGCUGGGAAAAUAUCUCUGUUCUGCAUUCUGAACCCAGACCAUCCGUAUGUCAGAUUUGUACGUACUCUCUGUUAUCCAGCAAAAAAAAAAGAUUAAUUUUCAUCUAGGUUUAUGAGUUUGGCUCCUACGAAAUGUAUUUGUGGAUGUUUUUGAAAGGUUACUGAGGCUGGACAAAAUCCACAACAACUGCACUUAAACUGGGACUGAGUGCUGUUGAGGUGAAUUCUUAAACCUAUCAGGCCUUUUCAAACAUCAUCUUUAAGUAUUUAAGGGAAGAAUUUUCCAUGAGAGAAUAACUCCUGUUGGAAGUUGCAGCGGCUCUGUUCUUCUUUUUGGCCUGAUAGAUCAGUUCAAUAAUAAUCUAAUCACUGUAGUGUCAUUUUAGAAGUGGCUGCAUUGCUUCCUUUGAGGCUUCUUAAACCUCUAAUUAUCUGGGGAGACCAAUAUAAUGUAGGACUGGUACUGGCAGUUUGAGCUGACGGUGGAAGUAGCUUUUAAGCUUUCAAUCUUAAGUUAGUCCUCUCAUUUUUGUCCUCUUUCUCCUCCAGUCUUUAUGAAUGUACAUUGUUGUAUUGACUGUGGUAAUAGCAGAAACUACUACUACUAUCAGAACAGAUUGCAAACACUGACUCCAUGAUGUAUCUCCAGUGUGCAUCUGUACACUGUAUAUAAAACUGUAAGAUCAGUAGUCCUAUUGUACGGAAGCCCAGAAAGGCAAGUGAGAAAAUACUAAUUCUGAGUCUGAUCUAAAUUGUUUUCUCUCCCUCUCUCCUUUGAAUUGGGGGGUGGUCUGCCAGAAUAAUCUUUCUAAAAUUCAUAAUUUUUUUCAUUUGUGAAACAAUUGGGGGGCAGAAAAAGUUUUAACCAAUGACAAUUUAUUUAUUUAUUUAUUCAUUUAUUUUUUUGGUUAGGAUUUUUCAAGUUUGUUUUUGUAAUACUCAUUUUUUCCACAAGAAGCCGAAGUGCAUCACUCCCCCAGUCUAAAUGGGCCUCAAAAAUCACCUGGCUUUUAGCUUUGGAGAGGAGGGAAAACAAUUUGGAUCAGGCUUAGAAAAUGGUUUACCAGAUUCUUUUUUUCUCACUUGUCUCUCAGAGCUUCGGUACAAUACACUUGAAAAAGUAAAAUCCUCACUUAUAGUUAUGGGCAACAGUCACAGGAGUUAUCUGCUGUGCUCCAUCAAGACUGUAUCCAAACAAAUAAUGAUAAAUUGUUAUUGGGACAUCUUUCACAGCUCUUAAGUCUGGCAGACCAACUCUUACAGGGUUAGAAUGGUUGAAUUAGGUUCAGCUUGAUUUUUGGUUAGGUAGUUUAUUCAAGAAGUGUAAACAUAGCAGGCCAUACUGGACCUUGAUCUCUGUGCAUAGCAUUACAGAGCAACAACAACAGACUUAUAGACACAACCUACAGAAAAAUAACAGUAUUCAUGAUGUUCAUGUUUGUUUUUACCGUCUAUUUUAUACCAAAAUAACUUUAAUGCAUUACAGUUGAUUUGUAUUGUAGCGACACCUGCUGGCCACAUCUGGCUUUCUUUUUUAGAAAAUUGCAAAAGAUGACUUCUGGUAUAAAGAAAAUAAAAUUCAGUGUCGAAGAAACCA